AUGAACACCACCAGUACCUCCCAAACUCCAAUUGAGUCCAAUGAUGCCACAGCUGGAAUGGGUGGCCAAAGCCGUGGUAGUUUCGGCUAUGACAUCGGCAUUUCCCUUGGCCUCCUCAUAGUAAUAGUUAUCAUCACCUAUGCUUCCUACAUCUGUACCCGAAUACGCGGCGUCACCGAUCUCCGCCACCCUUCCACCCACAGAACCUCCAUCGACACCAGCAGUACCUCCGACGACGACUCAAUCAUUAUUCAGCAAGGACUCGACGAAGCCACUAUCCUCACCUACCCAAAACUCCUCUACUCCGAGGCCAAGCUCCAUAAAGGCUUCGCGGACACUUCAGGCUGCUCCAUAUGCUUGGCCGACUACGUAGAUGCUAACAUGCUCCGCCAGUUACCUGACUGUGGUCAUCUCUUCCACCCGGCGUGCAUCGACCCAUGGUUAAGGCUUCAUCCAACGUGCCCAAUCUGUCGAAACUCGCCGGUGCCAACUCCCCUAGCAACACCUUUCGCGGUGGUGGUCCAUGUGGCAACAGGAUAA